AUGAAAGGUGCGGCGCGCCCAAUCCAUCACGCCUUUCAAGCCUACUUUCGAGCAAUCAUCUCCGAUUUCGCAGUCCAACCUCAAAGAUGCACGAUAUGUAACGAUUGUUUAAACACUUUACGGCGCCAAAGAAAAAGUUCGGAGCUUAGCCAGCGUCGACAGCUACAUACCUCCAAUAAAUAUCAAGUCCCUAAGAGCUUGCACGAAGCUGCUUCGAGAUCGAGGACCGUCAAGCCGAGUCAACGACGCCAACUAGCAACGGUGAGCGAUAUAGCUGCUCACGGACCCUUGGAAGAGUACGAUGAACGGGUGCAUGCACGAAAACUGAGAGAUGAUCAACAUCAGAGAACUCUGGUCGAACAUUUACAAGAUCUCCACGAAAGUUUGAAGGACUACAACCCUCCCAAAGUCAUACAUCCCGACAUCAACGAUCUCCAGCCUGCCAAAAAGUCCCUGCUGGGCUCUCUCUUUGGCGGGGGAAAGAAGAAGAAAGUGAUCAACGAAAUCCCCGCCGAUCUCCCAAAGGGUUUAUACAUGUAUGGUGACGUCGGUUCGGGGAAAACCAUGCUUAUGGAUCUGUUCUACGACACUUUGCCGCCUAACAUAACUUCAAAGACUCGUAUUCAUUUCCACAAUUUCAUGCAGGGUGUCCACAAACGCCUCCACAAGGUUCGAAUGCAAUAUGGCAACGAUUUCGACGCAGUGCCUUUUGUGGCGGCUGAUAUCGCCGACACGGCCCAAAUCUUGUGCUUUGACGAAUUCCAAUGUACCGACGUCGCCGAUGCCAUGAUUCUCCGCCGUCUGCUCGAAUCCCUCAUGUCUCACGGUGUUGUUCUGGUUACUACCUCGAACCGCCAUCCCGAUGACCUCUACAAAAACGGCAUUCAACGCCAAUCGUUCAUCCCCUGCAUCAAUCUCCUCAAGAAGAAACUCCGAGUGAUUAAUCUAGAUUCACAGACCGAUUAUCGCAAACUUCCCCGUCCACCUUCUGGCGUGUAUCACCACCCUCUUGACCGCGCGGCCGUUACCCAUGCCAAUAAAUGGUUCCAUUUCCUCGGUGAUCCAGAAAAUGACCCUCCUCAUCCUUCAACCGUCACCGUCUGGGGCCGUGAGGUCGAAAUUCCGCUCGUUUCCGGCCGGGCAGCUAAAUUCACGUUUCACGACUUAAUCGGUCGCGCCACCGGUGCUGCAGAUUACAUAGAGAUGAUGCGCAGUUUCGAUGCCUUCAUCGUCACGGACGUUCCCGGCAUGACGCACCGGGAACGCGACUGGGCACGCCGUUUCAUAACCUUCAUCGACGCCGUAUACGAAUCGCACGCGAAACUGGUCCUCACGACCGCCGUACCUCUUUCACAGCUGUUCUUAUCCAAGUCCGAACUCGACGAAUCCCUCGGAAGCGUCUCCAAGAAGGUCGCCCAGAAGAAGUCAUCCGCAGAUCCGCUUGACAAGAAAGUACUAGAGCAUGCCAAAGCCGCCGACCAGGAUGGCGAAGGCGCAGACGUUGACGAUGUCAUGCGCAAUCUCAUGGACGAUCUGGGUAUGAGCAUGAGCAUGCUUAAGCAGAGUAGUUUGUUUAGUGGAGACGAAGAACGAUUCGCGUUUGCAAGGGCAUUGAGUCGCUUGAGCGAGAUGGGAAGUCAGGAUUGGGUUGAGAGGGGUCUCGGGUUAGAGAAACGAGGCGGCCUGGGUGAGAGGGAGGGAUGGCAACGAGUUAGGUCCAGGUGGAGAGAGGAUAGUCUUUGA